UUGACGUCAAAAGGGUGUCAUUUUCUAUUUGAGUAACGCCAUAGACGUGUACUGCAUUUUUUAAAACACAAGUAGAUAGUAGUGACAUGCUGAAACAAAUAAACGGAAUUAGCUCAAUUUAGUUUUCAUGUUGCCUGUGUUAGAAAAAUGAAGUGUUACCAAAUUCACACGCAUAUCGUCGCUGAGAAGAACCCCGAAGAAAUCAAACUGGCUCGGACAAGAGGUUUUAAAUCUAAUGGACAUUUUUAUCGCUGACACGUAUAUAACUACUAUGGAUUCUCCGAGGCAGGCUAUUGAAACUAAGAACACUGUAGCGAGAUUUUGGGGGGCUGGUGUGUUGGUCGUUCCGUGGAAUUUACAGAUAUGGAUUUCUGUAAUUCUGGAACCGCUGAGAUUAAUACUUCAGAUUGUCUAUCGACUAUGGACAGCUUUUCAGGUAUGCAGAUUGGAAAUGCAUUGGGGAGUCCAGCUCAUCUUGUCCCCCACAGUCAAGCGAAACAGAAACAAGGAAGCCCCUAUGUUAAACCAUUUAGCCUUAAGUGACUCGGAGUCACACAUUAUGUACAGCAAUGGCAGAAAGGACAAGUCAGGCUCAUUUGAGCCAUUGUUUUUCAAUCUUCAAUCCCAACAACGCAACGAAUGCAAAGCAUUUCUCAUACAAAGAACACAUUUAAUUUGUGAUCCAGACCCCAGCAGCACUGAAGUCUCUGACCAGUCUCAGUCCAGUUGUGACUCACCCAUUGCUAGUGAUCAGGAGGAAACAUUUGGUGAAUUUCCAGUUAAGGAUAGCAGGGAAGCAGUCGGCACAGCAAGCAAUAAUCCAGAGAUGGAGCGACUGGAAAGCCUACCUCAUGACAAAGCAGGUGAAAGUGAGGAUGACUCGUGGGAUGAAGUUGAAAGCAGUUGUCAGGAGUGGGAUACAGAGGAAAAUCAGAAGUUAUGGGAAUGCUUUUUAAAUGCAGCAGACACUUAUAAUCCACUCAACUUUUCAGAAUGUAUUUCAAGCUGCCCUCAGAAGAAGCAGUCUAACCCUAAUGAGACUCGGUGUCUUAAAGGUGAAGCAAGGGAGAACUCUUCUUUCAGCAGUGACUCGGAAGAAGUGGCUGAAAACAAGAAUUGUUAUAACUGCUCUGAAACUGAAACUGAAGAGGAUGACUGGGACAGUUCCAGCAAUUGUAGCGCAAGCGACCAGGAGGAAAAUAAUAAACUGUGGGAAUCUUUUGUGAAUCCCAUGGACCCUUAUAACCCUUUGCAUUUUACAGCCUGCACUGUGAGCACCAGCACAACACAGAAAUUGUUGGAAUGUUUAAACAAGCACGCAGGGCCGGCGAAGUUGCCAGAGAAGAAAUGCCUGACGUUGGAAAACAGUACAAAAGACAGCGGCUAUGACAGCCAGUCUGUAAGUGAUGAUGAGAGUAAUUCAGAAGAUGAGGAAAGUUGCGAGAAGCUUAACAAAAAACUGUGGGACUCGUUUUCACAAAGUGCCGACCCUUACAAUCUUUUGAAUUUCAGAGCUUGCCUGAGAAGUUCCCCAGCUGACAAUAAAAGUGAAGGUAAUGGGGUGAGAACUGAGACAAACGGAACUAGGCCGGUGAAAACCACCUCAGCAAAACCAAACUUACCAAAGAGACAUUUUAAGCAUUACUGUCAGAACAAAAGCAAAGGUAACCAGCAGUUUCUUACCUGGAAGAAGCCUGCCAAGGUGACUGCAAGGCGUACACAAGAGAAACAGGAGAAAGAAAUUGUGAAAAAGGUUACAUUUUCACCAGUUGUUCAUGUCCAUGUCAUGCUUGCUUGGGACUUUGCAUUAAGAGCAGCUCGGAAAUCUCCCUGGGAAGAAAUGGCACGUGACAGAGCCAGGUUUCAGCGCAGGAUUCAGGAAGCUGAAGAGACAAUAGGCUGCUGCUGGAAUUCUGAUCACAGGGAGAAAAUACAAACUCGGCUCAGUGCUGAAGACAGUGUUGCACUCACAGCCCUGACGUGAUUGGAACGCUGACAUCACACUCCAAUGUGGAAUAUACCAUACUUUAAAAUGCACUGAUAUUUCAAAUGAUUAAUUACAAAAUACUGUAAUACUUACAUUUUUUUUUUAAAUGAAUAUCUAAUGAUUUUGCUACUUCAUGUAAAUGCACUUAGUCUAAAAAUACUGU